GUUUGGUUGUGUGUCUCAGUUGCUCUGUCAUAGAGGAAGAAGCAGUGCUAGGCUCAAACAUCCUCCAAACGUCUUUAUCAAGCAGAUAUCAUGGAAAAGGGUCAGCCACCUUAUCCGACAAUGCCAGCCCCCCCGUACCCUGGUCCCCCGGGUCCCCAUGGUCCCCAUGUGAACAUGGGUUACCAAAAUGAGCCUAUGCAACAACCCAUUCAACAGCCUGCUUACCAGUACAGCCAACAACAACCUCAGAUGGUUCAUCCUGUGAACCAGGUGGUGGUGGUGCAGCAGCUGCCGACUGAAGUUCCUGGGCAGAUGGUGUGCCCGCACUGCCGAUCCACCGUAGUCACUAAAGUGAACUACGUAAACGGCUUGCUCACCUGGCUGAUCUGUGGCAUACUGGGAGUCUUCCUGUGCUGGCCUUGCUGUGUAAUCCCCUUCUUUGUGGAUUCAGUCAAGGAUGUGGAGCACUCCUGCCCCUCCUGUAACAGAGUCCUGCACAUCCAUAAACGCAGGUGAAACAGCAGUACUGUGUCAACUGCACUGAAGCGACAACAAGAGGCAACCCGUGACUGAAUAUACACCAGGUCGGGAGCCCAACCAUAUUAUGCAAACACAUCGGAUGUCAUCAUAACAAUAAGGCCUCUUGAGUAAAAUGUGGGUUGUGCAAGCAUUGCUCUGUACUGGAGAGCAGAUUAUAAGAGCUGUGAUAUCUUCUUUUCUUUCAUCAAUUGAUUUAAAAUGUGCAAUCAUGUAAAAAAACCUAAUGAUUGUGAUAUUAUUUUUAAAUUGUUAAAUUGUAUCAAUGAAGGAUGGUAAACACGCCAUUUUCCUUUAAUUUCAUAUUUCCUGUCUUGCAAAGGCUGUGAGUAAAGUCAAUUUAGAUGUCAAAUUAUUUGUAAGACACCCACAUUUAUAAUAUUAAAUUUCAUUUUGAUUAAAGUUUUUUUUGAAAAGUU